GGCCCCUGCCCAGCGGUAGGUUGCCGCCUGUUGCCCGAGCCCGUGCCCAGGGGUAGAUUGCCACUUGUUGCCCGAGGCCUCUGCCCAGUGGUAGGUUGCCGCCUGUUGCCCGAGACCCCUGUCCAGGGGUAUAUUGCUGCCUGUUGCCCGAGGUCCCUGCCCAGUGGUAAGUUGCCGCCUGUUGCCCGAGGCCCCUGCCCAGUGGUAGGUUGCCGCCUGUUGCCCGAGGUCCCUGCCUAGUGGUAGGUUGCCGCCUGUUGCCCGAGCCCCAAGCCUAGGGGGAAGAUUGCCUGCCUGUCGCUGAAGACCCCCCGUGCCUGGAAUCGUCCCUGGUUUGCGC